AUGAAGGUCAAAUCGAGAUCUGCAAUUCCGCUAUUCGUGUUUUUGGCCAUUGCGAUGUUUUUCGUGCCUUGCGCAAUUCUCGUCUUCAUCUGCUUCCAUCGAACAUACAGGAGAAAAGUAGACGAGAAAUCGAGAGGUGAGGUCACAGGCGCAGUCGCUGAGAGCAUGCCGAACUGGACAGUACCUAUCGAGCUGGGCAACAUUCAACCACUACCACCACAACCACCGCCAGUGGCAAAGAUACUGCCCAUCCGCUCAUGGCAGACAAGAAAGAGUAGACAUCUCUCUACGAGGCACAGUGCCAUAGAAGGGAUGAAUACACUGUUCGAAAAGCGCAGUCCACCGAACGCAAAGGACGUUGCAGCUCCUACGCCAACCAGGCCCGGCCAGAGACACAGUAUGACAGCGCAGAAUAUGCAGGAAUAUCUUGCAGCAGAACAAUCUCCUCAGAACCCCUUCGAUGACCCGGUUACGGCUCGGUCGAGCCCAUUACACAACACCACUACGCACUACAGCCUCCCAGCGGCGCUGGUCACGGAGCAAAGCCCCGCGGAGAUUCAAGUGCGGCGGGUCGCAGAAAGAUCAGCAGCCUUCAUAAGUGAGGCACCAAGGGUGAAGAGUCAGAUCGCCAAGCACGAGCAUGCGGUGGCGGCGACGUCUCCCUCUCCGCGUGUACCGAGUGUCAAUGCGGCCUGUUAUGGCCCUCCGAGACAGGUGCCUAAGGCGUGGAUAUGA